AUAAAAACCCAAAACGACAGCGUUUGCAGAACUUCCAGAUGGCUGGACACAUGGAAGUUCUUGGAAGGUGGUGUGCCCCUUCCCACAUGGCUUAUCUUAAGCAUUUUUUCAUCUGUGUCCUUUGUAAUAUCUUCUAUAAUAAACUGGUAAAUGUGUUUCCCUGAGUUCUGGAAGCCACUUCUUUACUAAUAUAAAUAUGUAAAGCUAUAAAUUUCUAAGUAUUGCUUUAGUUGCAUCCCUCAAUUUCUGAUACACUGUUUUUAUUGUUACUCAGCUCAAAUUCUUUCAAAUUUCUCUUAUCUCUCUUUUGACCAAUGGGUAUUUAUUAAUAGAUUAUAUUGCUUAUUUCUAAGCAGUUGGGCAUUUUUCAAAUAUCUUUUUGUUAUUGAUCUAUUAAUGGAUCAAUAACAAGUUCAAGUUCACUGAUCCUUCUUCUGCUGUUCAGUCUGCUGUUAAGGCAUCCAGCGAAUUUUUCAUUGUACAUACUGUACUUUUCAGUUCUGGAAUUUCCAUUUGGUUCUUUUUUAUUCUUCCCAUUCCUCUGUUGAGAUCUGUUAACUCAUAACGACCAUUUUUUCCUUUCAGUUGUUGAACAUAUUUAUAAUAGCUAUUUAAAGUGCUUUCUGCAGAUCCAACUUCUGGUCAUCUCAGAUUCCGUUUCUAUUGACUGCUUUUUCUUUGGCUAUGGGUCACAUUUCCCUAUGGGUUUUUUCUUUCUUUCACAUGCCUUUUAAUUUUUCAUUAUAUAUUAGACAUUGUAGAUAGUAUACUUUAAAGACUGGAUUCUGUUAUCUUCCACUGAGGAGUUGAUUUUCAUUGUAACAGGAAGUUAAAUUACUAGUUGAUUACCUUGGACUUGUUGAAGCUUGGUUUUAUCCUUUGCUAGUAUGAGUCAGCUUUGAUUUUGACCUUAGUCUCAGAAAAAAGUGUUAGUCCUGGGUUAUAGAUUUUAGCUAUACCAUGUGGCCUUUGGGAGUUUUAAAUGGAAAGCCUUAAGUGUUUAUCCAGCCUUUCUAAUGUGGUGGCUUUCAAACUCAAACUCUUUCUCUGUUGCAGUGGGUAACAAUUGAAAUCUCUGUUAAGCUCUUUCAGACCUCCACUUGUUGCCUUUUGCUGGGCUUCUUGGAGAUUCCUCCAUCCAUAGGUCAGCAGUCAGCCUACAACUUGAGGGGGGGUUAUGUGUAUAUUUAAAGGCUUCCCCCCGUCUGUGGCUUCUUUUAUUCCACCUAGUUUUCGGGUGUUCUGAAGUCUCAAACUCUGUCCUCUGACUCUUAAAGCCAAGAAAGACUGAGGCUUUCUGCUUGAGCUCUAGCUGUGCCAUGCCACUUAUACUGGGGAGUGCUCUCAGGAAAAAAUCCAUUUAGGUAUAGAGGUUCCUUUCAUUCAAGAGUUGAGUCCUUUUCAGUUUCUGCCUUCUUUUGGAUACUUAGGUGCAUUAAAAUAGUUUUUUAAAAAUAUUUUGUGCAGAGUUUAUAACUUAUUACCCAUAAGGUAAUAAAUCGGGCAUAUCCUGAUUUUUUUAUCCUCUGAAGAACACAAUCGGCUUUGGGACCACAAAAGGAGGUUUAGGUAGGGGAUUAGGGAUCCCUAAUCCCAAACUUCUUUGUCCUUGAGAGACUUAGGAUAAGUACCAUCAUUCACAGAGCUCAAGUGUCUUUAGAGGAGGGGGGUGGAGAUGGAAGGAUAAAUCUAUAAGAGGAAUCCAAGGCGGUGUGGGGCAUCCCAUGAGUAAGAUGUCAGGGGAAGAGGAGUUUUAUCUAUUCAAGAACCUCUCCUCGGUGGGGCCGUGGGAUGGGCCUCAGUACCACAUUGCCCCUGUCUGGACCUUCUAUCUCCAGGCAGUUUUCAUGGGCUUUGUCUUCUUUGCAGGGACACCACUCAAUGUCAUGGUGCUGGUGGCCACACUGCGCUACAAGAAGUUGCGGCAGCCACUCAACUACAUUCUGGUCAAUCUGUCUUUUGGAGGCUUUCUCUCCUGCAUCUUCUCUGUCCUCCCCGUCUUCAUUGCCAGCUGUCGAGGAUACUUCCUCUUUGGCCGCCAUGUUUGUGCUCUGGAGGGGUUCCUGGGCUGUGCAGCAGGUCUGGUGAUAGGCUGGUCACUGGCCUUCCUGGCCUUUGAGCGCUAUGUUGUCAUCUGUAAGCCCUUCGGCAACUUCCGAUUCAGCUCCAGGCACGCGCUGAUGGUGGUCCUGGCUACCUGGGCCAUCGGUAUUGGCGUCUCCAUUCCACCAUUCUUUGGCUGGAGCCGGUUCAUCCCUGAGGGCCUACAGUGUUCUUGUGGCCCCGACUGGUACACCGUGGACACCAAAUACCGCAGCGAGUACUAUACCUGGUUCCUCUUCCUCUUCUGCUUCAUCGUGCCUCUCUCCCUCAUCUGCUUCUCCUACUCUCAGCUGCUGCAGGCCCUGAGAGCUGUUGCAGCUCAGCAGCAGGAGUCAGCUACGACCCAGAAGGCCGAGCGCGAGGUGAGCCGCAUGGUGGUGGUGAUGGUGGGAUCCUUCUGUCUCUGCUAUGUGCCCUAUGCUGCCCUGGCCAUGUACAUCGUCAACAACCGUAACCAUGGGCUGGAUUUACGGCUUGUCACCAUUCCUGCCUUCUUCUCCAAGAGUGCUUGUGUCUACAAUCCUAUCAUCUACUGCUUUAUGAAUAAGCAGGUUAUCUCCAAUUCUGCCUUUCCCUCCAGUUCCAAGCUUGCAUCAUGGAGAUGGUAUGUGGGAAGGCCAUGACAGAUGAAUCUGACACAUCCAGCUCCCAGAAGACGGAAAUUUCUACUUUCUCUUCUAGCCAAGUUGGCCCCAAAUGAGGAGCCCAUAUUGACCUGUUAACAACAACUAGAAUUUUACAUUUAAGCAAGUUUUCACUGUCUUUUUGUCAGAAACCAAACUACUAAUAACACAGAAAAAAGACAGGAAGGAAGUGAUAGCAAUUUGUAGUCAAUUUUUCAUUUUACUACUAUUCCCAUUCUGCCUAGAAGCUACUGUUCCCAGCUGGGUCUAUUUCAGACCACCCAAAGAUCAUUUCAAUAAUCCUCAGUUCCUACCCCUAAGAGGAACCACUCACAGCACUUGGAGAACCAAUUUCUACAUACAAGGCAACUAUAAAGGAGUAUGGCUGAUUUUUCAGUGUAUAGAUAACAAUUACUUUCCUUUUUAGUAACAUCUUUUUUAUUCUGAGAUGAUGUACUCUGAAUUAGAACUUAAGAAAACCCUCAGAAGUAGGAGAGAUAUAAAGAAAAAAGAAACAAAAAACCUUUAAUAGGCCCCAAAUAUGAGUUUGAGAGAACUUUAUGCUAUCUCUGCCAAUAAUUGCUAUAGCUUUGGCAGGAACAGCCAUGUCCACAAGCCCCUGGGCCAGCAUAAAUUAUUCCAGGUGCUUCCUUUUCCCCCUCCUCCUACUUGGCUAAACCUGUAUUUCUCAAGCUGUGUAUUUACUGAAGUUAAUAGUUUAAUUCCCUUGAUGUUCUCAAAAUGCAUUUGUAUAUCUUAAUGCCAUUUAUAAACUAUACCAAAAUGUUCAAAAAAAAUUGUUCUUAUACUCUAUACUCUUCCUCCACUCCUCAAAAGAGACUUUUUGAAAUAAAAAUCAAGAUAAAUGUGUGUACAUUCAGGAAUGGCUUGUGUCUGGUAUGAGAUAAUUAUGUAAUGAGCAGCUGGGGUCCUUUCCAGUUAUACAGCCUAAGGGAAAUAGACAAGGGUUAGAGCUGUAGUGAGAAGGAUGCUAGAAGAUAUUAGAAAACAGGAGGAAAGAGUAACCAUUUGGGAGAAGGCAGUAUUUUUCUCUGGGGUUGGGAGAGAGAACUUCUAGGAGAGUUCCUUUUCUGUGUCAUUUUAUAGCACCCACGAUUCUAAGAUAGAGUUCCAUUUUUUAGAGAAUGAAGGUCACACAUACCCCCAUAACGAA